ACAAAAACAACAACAACAACAGGGGCACAACUUUGCGACAGAAUCUGACACAGUCAAAAAGCGUAGACAUGCGCGGCGACAACAAGGCACGGGUAAUUAUCCAAGCUUGGGUAGAAGAGCUGCCGUCACCAACACUAUUCGUUGGGACACGCAUAUCCAAGCCCACGACGCGCGCAUCACCGCCCUCAUCACCGCCCUCAACCACCGCGCCAAUUGCCGCAAUCCCGUCAAGAAAACGACAACGGCCAUCCUCUACCCCCAUUCGAAUCAUGGGAGGCACUCCCGAAUACCAAGCCUCUCCUCGUUCAUCAAGCGCGACAAGUGGCGGACCUGACGAGCAAGAACGAGGUCCCCACAGCAAGAGAAGGAAAAUCGCGACACCCCCCACACAUACCGACGACCACGAAACGACGACGGUCAGUCAAUCGGCAGUACAAGGAAGCUACAGUGGCGGGGAUGUAGAUAUACCCAUCGCUAUGCCCGAGCCAAGGAGGGUGUUCCCGGCCGCGGAACUGCUCAGCGAUCCUGAUCGAACCCCGAGACAACCCACAGGCCCAGGCCUCGUCCAUAGGAGGACUGUCCCAACAUCUCCAACCUCUUUGAUGAGCCAGUCAUCUGGAGCUGCAGGAUAUACCCAGAGGCUCCGUCACGCGUUGCCUGGCCCGCCAAAAACGCCAUCAAUUGCUGGCAGCGAGUCCACGACGACGACAGACUCGGGUCUAUCCGGGAAGCGUCGGAGGACAAGUCCUGUGAAGAGGAUGGCGGACCUCAAGCUCGCGGACAAACCCGUCGUCUCCGAUUUCCUCGAUGAUGCAUCCCAGCUCCCGCCCGCCGCGAUACCUCUAUACCAGCGGCUAAGGAGAAUCUGCAUUGGCAGGGACAUUGUGCCUCGGGCGAUCCAGGACUAUGUUGCUGCGUCUCUUACAGUCAAUGAGGACCCAGACCUCCCCGAGUCCAGUCUCUACCACCACUCUCCGACAUCAUGGCACCCGCGCACGGCAGAGCAGCAGCGCGAGGAGCUGGGCCGGCUCCGGCACAUCUGCGAACUCACGCGCUUCUGCAACUCGGAGCAGGUCUCCGAGCCGACAUGGAAUGCCCGGGUGCAUUCACCGCUACUAGAAUUGGCACUCGAGGCCUUCUUCCUCACCCCUUCCCCCGGCACUGCAAUGCAGCAAGAGUCUCAGCCACGGCCGCCGCGCCCAGCACGGAGCCGACGAGGCGACAAUCCGGUCUCGUUUUGGGACGUGACGGUGGCGACAAUCGAGAAGCGAUACAUCCCGCAGCACACAAGCGGCAGUAACCUCGAGGCCAAGAUGGUCGACUUUUGCAUGACGCUGUCCAGCCCCGCGGUGCAGCGCGGCGCGAGAGCCAUGUUAUCCCGCGAGGGCAGGGAGGCCCGCUCGGUCAACCAUACCGCCUAUGCGCCGGUGUGCCUUCGCCCCAUCGGCGUCAGCAUCGAGACUAAGACUCCCGAUGGCUCCGUCGACGAGGGGAAGGCCCAGCUCUCCGUCUGGGCCGCUGCAUAUCUGCUGCGCGUCCAGUCCGCCAUCCAGGCGACAACGACUAUGACGACAGGCCAGGACCGCCAUGCUCCCGUAGCACCGACCGAUAUCCCCCCUCUUCCUAUGCUUCUAGUGUCUGGUUCUGUCUGGCAGCUUCAUUUUACCAUUGACCGGAGCGAGGACAUUCUUCUACUAGAAACAAUGGUUCUCGGCGACACGAAAACUCUUCGUGGCUGCUAUCAGAUCUUAGCUUCGUUGCGAUGCUUGGCCCAGUGGAUGGUAGAUGACUUUGAGCCUUGGCUGUGGGCAAACCUGCUAGGUGGUGGGGAUUAAUUACAUUGGGAGUGAACUCAAAAUAUACUCGGGUUAGAUUACUCCUAGGCCUUUGAACACACCGCGAAC